AUGGAAAAGGAAUCGACGGUAAUGAAAAUCGAAAAUCGGAAGAUGAUCCGUCAGGAGCAACAGAAGAAGCCGAGUAAGCGGAAGAGAGAACCCGCCGCGAUUGAAAACCUAAGCUCUGAGGAGAAAGAAGCUCAGAUCUCAUCGUUGAAGAAGGAGACGGAAGGGCUUUUCGAGUAUUUCAGAGAAAUGAUGGGUCAGAGCGAGACGACAGAUCUGUUUUCAGGUUUGAGCGAUUUCACCUCCGUGAACUCAAUGGUGGCUUUGUUAAUGGAGGAAAUGAGCUUGCCUUUGUCGAAGCUUGUGGAUGAGAUUUUCUCGAGAUUGACGGAGAAGAUGGAAAGUGUAACGAUGGCUUCCGUGAAGAGCGCCAUUGUUUCUGUGGGACAGAGAGUGAGUUACGGUGUGCCCAACGCAGACGCCGAUGUUUUGGAAGAUGAUACUGAAUCUUGUCUCUGGUGCUGGGAGACGAGAGACCUGAAAAUGAUGCCUAAAUCUGUGCGUGGAUUGCUAAAAGUUCGACGGACUUGUAGGAAGAAGAUUCAUGAAAGGAUUACAGCAGUUUCUGCAAUGUUGGCUGCAUUACAAAGAGUAGAGACUGAAAAGUCGUGCAGAUCUGAUCUGAGGAAGGCUGCUGAAAAGCUAGGUAAAGUACUGAGUGAGGUGGAUAUUCGAUCGUUCAUGGAUAACAUGUUGAAGAAGAAUAGUACAGAGAUGGCUGAGAAAGAUGCGAAGCGAGAAGAGAAAUUGCUUCUUAAACAAAUGGAGAAAAUUAGAUGUGAAGCUGAGAAGGAAAAGAAGAGAAUGGACCGUCAAAUUUUGAAAGACAAACUGCAACAUGAAAAAGAGCAGAAGCUGCUGCAGAAGGCACUUAAUGACGAUAAAGAAAAGGAAGAGAUCGAGUCGAGAAAACGGAUAAAGAAGCAGCAAGACGAGUCAGAGAGGGAGCAGAGGCGUAGAGAGAAGGAACAAGCCGAGCUAAAGAAGCAACUUGAAGUAAAGAAACAGGCUUCAAUCAUGGAGCGUUUUCUUAAAAGAAGCAAAGACAGUUCAUUGACCCAACCAAAACUUCCUUCCGGUGAAGUAACUGCUCCGAUUGCAUCAUGUACAAAACCUGAGAAUGAAAGCAGAACAGUUAUUCAGGCCAUCGACAAUGCCUUUGCAACAACUUGUGAAGCUACUGUUGAUGAUUUACGCAGGGCACACUUUUCAUCCUGGCGUCAGUUGGGUCAGUCGCUCUCGAGUUUGAAAACACAUUGGGGGAUGCGUAGGCAGCCAAAGAGUGAAUUGUUUCCAAAACUAAAACUAGCUACAAAUAGAGGACCAACAUCUGACGGGGAACCUAACAUGGAGAAGCAAGGGGAUGAAGAUGAAGAGAAAAACUUGGGUGGUGUAUCUUGCAUUUCGCAGUGCGAGUCUUCGUCAUCUAAUCGUAAGAAGUCCAGGAGAGCCAAGCAGUUGUUACAGUUUGAUAAAUGCUGCAGACCAGGCUUUUAUGGUAUCUGGCCAAGCCAAAGUCGAGUUGUAGGUCCACGUCGUCCUCUGAAAAAGGAUCCAGAAUUGGAUUAUGACGUUGAUAGUGAUGAAGAAUGGGAAGAGGAACAAGCUGGUGAAAGCCUUUCAGAUUGUGAGAACGACGAAGAGGAUUGUUUGGAAGAAGGAUGUUCAAAGGCUGAUGAUGAAGAUGAUAGUGAAGAUAGCUUUAUGGUACCUGAUGGAUAUCUCUCUGAAGAUGAGGGAGUCCAAGUGGACAGAAUGGACAUUGACCCGUCUGAACAGGAUGCAAGUUCGCAUCCAUCUAAGCAAGAUCAAGAAAGUCAAGAGUUUCGCACGCUACUCCAUCAACAAAAGCAUCUGCAAACUUUGACUGAUCACGCUCUGGCGAAAACACAGCCACUGAUUAUAUCUAACCUAACGCAUGAGAAAGUCUCUCUUUUAUCUGUCAAAGAUUUAGAAGGUACACAGAAAAUGGAACAGGUAUGUCUACGAGCUCUCGUGGUACGAGCAUUUCCUUGGUCUUCUCUCAUUGAGAUAUCUAUCAAUGACAUACAAGACGAGGAUCAAGAAACCGGCAAGUCAUCUUGUAGUCAGAGCACUCCUCCACCUGCUUCAAGAGCAAAAUCCAUACCAGACUCAGAUUUGCUUACAGUUGUAUCAACUAUUCAAUCAUGCUCUCAAGGUAUCAAUAGAGUGGUUGAAACAUUGCAACAGAAGUUCCCUGAUGUUCCAAAGACCAAGCUGAGACAAAAAGUGCGCGAGAUAUCAGAUUUCGAGGAUAGCCGUUGGCAGGUAAAGAAAGAAGUAUUGACAAAGCUUGGGUUAUCGCCAUCGCCGGAUAAAGGCGGUAAGAGACCAAAGACGAUAUCUACAUUCUUCUCAAAACGGUGUUUGCCUCCAUCCACAAAACCACCACCACCCGCGGUUGAAGAAACAGAGAGAUUGGAAAAUGAGAAUGAUGCUUAAGUCUCUUUCACAGUUUCCAUCCUUUUUUUUGGUGACAUCCCUCAAAUUGUUUUUUGCUUUGUGGAUACAAAAUGUAUGAUGCAAAAUAUUGGAAAAGUGUUUUUGAUGAGGGAAUGAUAAGUCGGUUAAGGAGAAGUAACC